AUGAAGAUGCAAGGAUUUUUGUUAUCAAUUUCUGUAAUCAUUUUAACUACAACCCUAACUUACCGUACAGUCCAUGCUGAAAUUAUAAAAAAGAAAGCAAGUACCUUUACAGUCAGAAGUGGAGAAACUAUAACGUCUUCAUCAUACACCACAGACGUCUAUUCAAAAUCAGAAUCAGCCUGCGCAGCUAUGUGUGUAUUAGAUGAUAGAUGUUGUGUUGCCAGUUUUUCUGAUAAAUCUUCGAUAUGUCGUCUCGAUAGAGUAGACAACUGUUGUGUUGCCACCGACAAUGUCACAGGUUGGAGCGUUAUGACAAGAAACCAGUACACUUCAAUGCCAUGUACUGAAUACAUUCACUGUGGUGUUUCCUCAUAUUACAUUUUUGAGGAGCUUGUACAAUGGGAAACAGCGAAGGAGAAUUGUGAAAGCUUGAGCGGGAAACUAGCGGAACUGGAAACAUUUGCGGAGAAUCAGUUCAUAAAAGAUGAAUUGAUGACCAGAAAUACCGGAGUAAAUGGAUACUGGAUCGGAGGUUAUAAUUUCCACAAUGAUAACGACAUGGAAUGGGUGAGUCAACCAGACCAGCCGAUGACAUUUAGUGACAUGAGACCAGGCCAACCUGAUUAUCUGAUGACUGAGAUAUGUAUGGUAAUGUGGAAAGACUUUGCUUUCCAAUGGGGUGAUUAUUUGUGUCACAUUCCGCUUCCAUAUAUAUGUGAAUUCAUGCACCAAUAA